AUGCCUCAGGCAUUAGUUUCACGAGCUGGAGUAGCAUUCGAAGAUAGAGAGUAUUGGAACAGCGUCCUCCUCAUAUCUGAAGCUGGCUCGGCACUUGCAUGCUGUCCGAUACUUGGAUACCUGUUAGACGCAUCUGGAACACGACAGGGCCCAUAUCUGUCUGGACUCGUGUUAUUGCUUGCCUCUAUGAUCAUUUUCACCGCUUCACACUCAGUAACAUGGUAUAUCAUCGCUAGAGGGCUCCAAGGCGCAGCAACGGCUAUGGUUUCGGUGGCUGGUCUUUCAAUUGUGACAGAUGCAGUAGAUAAAGCGAGUCUUGGACAAAUGGUUGGAUAUCUUGGCACCGCCAUGACACUGGGCUUUAUGUCUGGACCACUACUGGGUGGAGUGGUCUACGAAAUUGGAGGAUUCUAUGCCGUUUUCAGUAUGGCCUUCGGGAUCAUCGCUCUUGAUUUUCUUCUGAGACUCGCUGUUGUCGAGAAGAGGAUCGCCGAACGCUGGUUGUGCCUCACUGAUGGUGAGCGGCCGAGCCAGGAGAAUGGCCAUAUCCCCGAACAUCCGCCAUACGGAGCUCUGGGGACUAUAAAUAGUAGCCCUCAUACUAUCACGGUAAUAUCUAAAAGUACUUUUGCGCUGGGCAAGCUUUUGAAGCAACCUCGGAUUCUUAUUAGCCUCUGGGCAGUCAUAGUUGGGGCUCUUGUGGUCUCGGCAUUUGAUGCUACACUUCCAGUCUUCGUGGAGGAUAAAUUCCAGUGGAAUGUUCUGGGCGCAGGUCUGAUAUUCUUGCCUGGUGCCUCAGUGGCCAUUUUCCAACCAUUUUUUGGACUUCUAUCUGACCGUCUCGGAUCGAGGGUGAUUGCAUUCGCAAGCUUUGCCACUUUAGCCCCGAGUCUGAUAUGUCUUCGUUUUGUUGAGGAAAACUCACCAUUUCAGAUAGCCCUUCUUUGUGUGAUUCUGGGUCUUGUUGGAAUAUGCAUUGACUUGAGCGAGCCGGCCUUGAUAGUGGAGAUGCAGCGUGUCUUGGAUGAUAUGGAAGCUGCAGACCCCGGGGUUUUGGGGGGUAGAGGUGCUGUGGCUCAAGCUUUCAGUCUAGAGAACAUGGCACAUUUUGGCGGUUUGGCAUUAGGACCUAUGGUAGGUGGGUUUGUGGAGUUCAAAUACGGCUGGAAAGUUAUGACCCUUGCUCUGGGAAUUCUUUCUGCCGUUACUGCUAUACCUAUGUUAUGGCUCAGUGGUCCUAUGGAAGAAGUCUCCUGGACUGAAUCUGCCGAUGAAGAGAUGGAACGUGAACCCUUGCUGAUGGAGUAG